CUUUUCCGGGAGAAUUUAAACAAGCUGAUGACAAAUCUACGCAGCACUCACCCCCAUUUUGUCCGAUGCAUCAUCCCAAAUGAAACAAAAACACCUGGUGCCAUGGAGCAUGAGCUGGUGCUGCAUCAGCUGCGAUGCAAUGGUGUACUGGAAGGGAUCAGAAUUUGCAGGAAAGGAUUCCCCAGCAGAGUCCUGUAUGCUGACUUCAAACAGAGAUACAGAGUGCUUAAUGCAAGUGCUAUUCCGGAAGGUCAGUUCAUGGAUAGCAAGAAGGCUUCUGAGAAGCUGCUUGGGUCCAUUGAUGUAGACCACACUCAGUACAGAUUUGGUCACACCAAGGUGUUCUUCAAAGCUGGGCUGAUAGGUCUGCUGGAGGAGAUGAGAGAUGAGAAACUAGCAGAGAUUAUGACCAGGACACAAGCCAG